AGUGUGGCUCGGGGGGCUCUGGCUCUGGCGACGGCAGCGAGUGUGAGCAGGAUCGGUGCCGGCAGUUCGGGGGCUGGUGGGAUGAGGACGCCGAGGACGAUCGUUGUGUGUGUGACUUCACCUGCCUGGCAGUGCCACGCAGCCCGGGGUGUGGCUCUGAUGGUGUGACCUACACCAAUGAGUGUGAGCUGAAGAAGACAAGGUGUGAGAAACGCCAGGACCUCUAUGUCACUAGCCAAGGAACCUGCCGUGCUCUUGCCACAACCCCCCCACCCCUCCUGGUUGUGCACUGCAGCCAGACCAUCUAUGGAUGCUGUCCAGACAACAUGACCUUGGCACUUGGAGUGGGAGCAGCUGGAUGUCCAAGCACGUGCCAGUGCAACCCCUAUGGAUCCUAUGGAGGUGCCUGUGACCCUGGCACAGGGCAGUGCUCCUGCAAACCUGGGGUGGGAGGCCUUAAGUGUGACCGGUGUGAGCCAGGAUUCUGGAACUUCCGAGGCAUCGUCACCGACAGCAAGAGUGGCUGCACCCCUUGUAACUGUGACCCAGUGGGCUCAGUGCGUGAUGACUGUGAGCAGAUGACUGGGCUGUGCUCCUGCAAGACUGGCAUCACUGGCAUGAAGUGCAACCAGUGCCCCAAUGGCAGCCAGCUGGGCACAACUGGCUGUGAGAAAGAUCCAUCAGCCCCCAAAUCCUGUGAGGAGAUGAGCUGUGAGUUUGGGGCCUCCUGUGUGGAAGUCAAUGGCUUUGCCCACUGCGAGUGUCCAUCCCCACUCUGCUCAGAGGCCAACAUGACCAAGGUGUGUGGCUCUGAUGGUGUCACUUAUGGGGACCAGUGCCAGCUGAAGACCAUCGCCUGCCGCCAGGGCCAGCUCAUCACAGUGAAGCAUGUGGGGCAGUGCCAUGAGUCCAUCACUCACACGAGCCAUCCCUCUCCACCCACACCUCUGCCCACGCUGCCCACGGACAGGCUCAUCCUUCCUCCACCCCUGCACUUCACCACCCGAGCUCCAGAGCCCACUGAGCUGCCUACCAGCUCCCUCCUGCUGGAAGCCAAGUCAACUGAAAGAGUUCACCCCACGACAAGACGUGUCACGACCACCAGACCAGUCACUACACCGUGGAUGACCCAUGGGGUGUACAAGACCACUGUCCGCCCUCUCUCCACUGCUCCAGUGGUCUUGGCCACCACUCAGCCUGCCUAUGGGGAGUCAGGCAGUGCAGAGGGCAGUGGAGACCAGGAGAUGGGCAUCAGUGGGGACCAGGAAUCCAGUGGAGCAGGCUCUGCCGGGGAAGAGGAGGUGGAGGAAGGUCAGGUAACGUCCACCCCAACCAUUGAGAGGGCAACGUGCUACAACACCCCACUGGGAUGCUGCUCUGAUGGCAAGACUGCAGCUGCUGAUGCAGAAGGCAGCAACUGUCCAGCUACCAAAGUCUUCCAAGGAGUCCUCAUCUUGGAGGAGGUGGAGGGCCAGGAGCUGUUCUACACACCUGAGAUGGCUGACCCCAAGUCAGAGCUCUUUGGAGAGACAGCCAGGAGCAUUGAGAGUGCGCUGGAUGAGCUUUUCCGCACUUCUGAUGUGAAGAAGGACUUCAAGAGCAUCCGAGUGCGAGACCUGGGGCAGAGCAGUGCUGUCCGUGUCAUCGUGGAGUCCCACUUUGACCCAGCCACAUCCUACACAGCAGCUGAUAUCCAAGAGGCUCUGCUGAAGCAAAUCAAAGCUUCCAAGAAGAAGACCAUCCUGGUGAAGAAGCCCCAGCAGGAGCAUGUCAAAUUCAUGGACUUUGACUGGAUCCCCAGGCUCUUCACCACCACAGUCACCACAACCACAGCCACCACCAUGGCCCCUGCCACCACCAGGAGAUACACCACAGCUGCUGCCACCACAGCCCACGUGCAGCACCCAGACCCAGCAUGGAGAUCCAAGGCUGCAGGAGCUAUGGGCACCAGGAGACCUUCCUCAACCCUCCCUGCCAGUGCCCGGAGGAAACCCACGCGCCAACCCCCGACCACCAGGAGACCCUCCAGGCCCUGUGACUCUCACCCCUGCCUGCAUGGUGGCACCUGUGAGGAGGAUGGCAAGGACUUCACCUGCAACUGCCCAGCAGGAAAAGGAGGAGCUGUCUGUGAGAAAUCUAUUGGGUACUUCAUCCCCAGCUUUGGUGGCAAGUCCUACUUGGCCUUCAAGAUGAUGAAGGCCUAUCACACCGUGCGCAUCGCCAUGGAGUUCAGGACCUUGGAGCUCAGUGGGCUCCUGCUCUACAAUGGGCAGAACCAUGGCAAGGACUUCAUCUCCCUGGCCCUGGUGGGAGGUUUCGUGGAGCUCAGGUUCAACACUGGCUCUGGCACUGGCAUCUUCACCAGCAAGGUCCGUGUAGAGCCUGGCAAGUGGCACCAGUUGGUGGUGAACCGGAACCGGCGCAGAGGGACACUCUCCGUGGAUGGAGAACUCCCUGUCCAUGGGGAGAGCCCCACAGGCACUGAUGGGCUCAACCUGGACACUGACCUCUUCGUUGGGGGAGUCCCAGAGGACCAGAUCAAUGCGGUGAAGGAUCGUACCACGGCCACGAGUGGCCUCAAGGGCUGCAUUCGCCUGCUGGAUGUGAACAACCAACUGUACAACCUCAGUGAGAAGGGCAGUGAUGUGCUCUAUGGCAGUGGGGUGGGAGAGUGUGGCAACGACCCCUGUCACCCCAACCCCUGCCACCACGGGGGCAUCUGCCACGUCAAGGAGGCAGAGAUGUUCCACUGCGAGUGUCUCCAUCCCUACACCGGGCCAACGUGUGCUGAUGAGAAGAACCCCUGUGACUCUUCACCCUGCCACAUCUCUGCCACCUGCCUGGUGCUGCCAGAGGGAGGUGCCAAGUGUGCCUGUCCCAUGGGCCGAGAAGGAGAGCACUGCGAGCUAGUGACAGAGCAGGACCACACCAUGCCCUUCCUCCCAGAGUUCAAUGGCUUCUCCUCCUACCUGGAGCUGAAUGGGCUGCAGACCUUCACUCCUGACCUUCAGAUGUCCAUGGAAGUUGUGUUCCUGGCCAAGAGCUCCAGUGGCAUGAUCUUCUACAAUGGCCAGAAGGCAGAUGGCAAAGGGGACUUUGUCUCUCUGGCCCUCCGUGAUGGGCACCUGGAGUACAGAUACGACCUGGGCAAAGGGGCAGCUGUGCUCAGGAGCAAGGAGCCAGUUCCCCUGAACACGUGGAUCACUGUCCUGUUGGAGAGGAACGAACGCAAAGGGUUGAUGACCAUCAACAACAGUGAGACAGUCACAGGAGAGUCUCCGAAAUCCCGUAAGGUGCCUCACACCUACUUGAACCUGAAGGAGCCUCUUUAUGUGGGGGGAGCCCCAGAUUUCAGCAAGUUGGCUCGAGCUGCUGCCAUCUCCAGUGGCUUCAGUGGAGCUGUGCAGAAGAUCUCCUUCAGACAGCUGCCUAUGCUGAAGGAGCAGAACAUCCGGCACGCCAUGGCCAUCUCCCUGUUCCGAGGCCAUUCCUGCACCCAGAAGCCAAAUCCCUGCCAGAAUGGAGGCAUGUGCAUCCCCUGGCUGGAGAACUACCACUGUGCCUGCCAGAGGGGCUUCUCUGGCACUCACUGUGAGAAAGUGAUCAUCGAGAAGGCUGCAGGAGAUGCUGAGGCCAUUGCUUUUGAUGGCAGGACAUACAUGGAGUACCACAAUGCUGUGACAAAGAGCCACCUGAGCAAUGAGAUCCCUGCUCCCGAAGCGCUGGACUAUCCCCUGGAGCCCAGUGAGAAGGCCUUGCAGUCAAACUACUUUGAGCUAAGCAUCAAAACAGAAGCCACUCAGGGGCUGAUCCUGUGGAGUGGGAAAGGGCUGGAGCGCUCGGACUACAUCGCCCUUGCCAUCGUGGAUGGUUUCAUCCAGAUGACUUACGACCUCGGCUCCAAGCCAGUUGUCCUACAAUCCACAGUCCCAGUCAACACCAACCAGUGGAUCCACAUCAGAGCAUCCAGAGUACAGAGAGAAGGUUCCCUCCAAGUUGGGAAUGAGGCUCCCAUCUCUGGUUUUUCUCCUCUUGGUGCCACACAGCUGGAUACAGAUGGGGCUCUGUGGCUGG